AUGGGGGCGUCACGGGCCGGAACACGGACUUCGCCUCCGCCGCAGCCUGAGUCCACGGCGCGGCCGCGGCGUGGUUUCCACAACACGCUGCUCUUCUACUGGAGGAAGCGGGAGCGCAGCCACGUGCGACGCAAGUCAGGCUCGGGACGCAGAUCGAGGCUCAGGGGCGCGGCCAGGACCCGGGCGGCCAGGACCCGGGCUUCCAGCCCCGCGCCCGCGCCGGCCCAGACCCCGGCCACGGACUCUGCGGCCUCUGGGGCGUGCGCCGCGGGCCAGAGCCCCACCCCUCCGCCCGCCCCCGCCCCCAGCCCCGGCCCCAGCUCGAGCACGGCCUCCGCGCCCGCGGCGCGCGCGACCGGCUCCUGUGGCCGCGCCCUAGCAGCGGCGCGCGCGCUGGCCUGGAGACCGACUUGGAGGCCCAUCUGGAGGCCGAGCUGGCCCGGCAGGCAUUGCGCGGGCAACAUGGCGGCGCCCGGCGAGCGGGGCCGCUUCUGCGGCAGGAGCUUCUUCUCCUUCCUGCCCGGCGGCGCGCGCUCAGAGGUGAUGGACGAUCUAGUGACGGACGCGCGCGGCCGGGGCGCGGGGCGGAGAGAUGCCGCCGCCUCGGCCACGACGCCAGCCCCGACGCCGACCCCAGAUCCUCAGGUCUCCGAGGACACCUCCCGGAGGCGGCCCUGCCGGGCCUGCGUGGACUUCAAGACGUGGAUGCGGACGCAGCAGAAGCGGGACAGCAAGUUUAGGGAAGACUGUCCUCAGGACCGCGAGGAACUGGGCCGCCACAGCUGGGCUGUCCUCCACACCCUGGCCGCCUACUACCCCGAUCUGCCCACCCCUGAACAGCAGCAAGACAUGGCCCAGUUCAUACAUUUAUUUUCCAAGUUUUAUCCGUGUGAGGAGUGUGCCGAAGAUAUAAGGAAGAGGAUACGCAGGAACCAGCCAGACACACGCACUCGGGCAUGCUUCAGCCAGUGGCUGUGCCGCCUGCACAAUGAAGUGAACCGCAAGCUGGGCAAGCCGGACUUCGACUGCUCGCAAGUGGACGAGCGCUGGCGGGAUGGCUGGAAGGAUGGCUCCUGUGACUAGAUGGUGGCCGGCAGAGCUGUGGGACAGCAGCCCGGGGCCUCCGGGCAGCCUGGCCAGAGGGGGACGGGGCACUCAUUAAAGUGCGUCAGAGCCAGAGCCUGUCGUGUGUCAGUUGGAUGUCCCCAGACACUGCUCGGGGGCCCUUUCCCUCUUAGGUUUGGAGGAAAAGCAGAGGUGCCUGCUGCAGACACCCCAGCGGCCUGUGCUCCUCCCCGUGGGCUGCCGGUGAAGGAGACAGGAGCAGCCCGGGCUGGGCGGGUUGCUGCUCACCCUGCACCCUGGUGCCCACUUCCCUGCGCAAGAAGGUGACAGGUCCUCCUGGGCCACCUGUCCUGCUCCUUGAGGGAGGGCUAGGCCACUGUCUCUCUACCCUGUAGCAAGGGACAUAGGCCGUGUGCUGUUGGCCAUUUGCAAAAGAGGCCUGGGGGCUGAGCUCUCCUCCCGGCUCAGAGCCUACGAGGAAAGCACAGGCAGGCUUUCUCUGAGGGCCUGCCAGCGCUGCUGCCCGCCUCCAGUUGCACGUAUCUGUACCAGGCCUGUCAAGAGGCUUUGCGGGGCCAGCCUUCUCAGAGCUGGAGACCAAAAUAAAAUGGUAGAGAAGUGAC